AUGUUGCACCUCCUGGUGCGUCCUCCGUCAAGAAACUCUCCAGAACAUCCAUCACCCCCCACUCCAACGUGCCCUUCAACCCAGCCUCCCUCGACGCCAUCUCAUACACUUCCUUCCUCAGGUGAUAGCAUUCAAAGUACAGCUUCCAACAGGCGUCUCACCAUGCACCCCGAAGAAAAUCCCAUCAUCAACAUCCUUGAUAUACUUGUACAUCAAAAACCCCGAUCCCUCCACCUCGGGUCGAGCUGCCGCUUCAGCAUUGAGCGAAUCAAUCCGAUUCUCGGAAGGCGGAACAGUAAUUGA